AUGAGCGAUCAACAUCCGAGUUUGCACCAUCGGAAGCUAUUACAUGACAUCAAUAUAACAGAAGAACUGUCACUGAGAAAGAGAAGGGGAUUUACGAAACCAGAAACAAUUCCAGCGGAUGAUACCUCGGAGUCAGAGGAAUUCGAAGACGUGGAUUUGAACAUAGUUGAUGACUCCGAUGAGUUUGAAACGAUUGACCUUGAAAAUAUUCCAAAGGAAACAGGGAAUGAUACAUUGGUUAUACAAAUAGAGAACCCCAAUAAAGAGGAAAAGACCCACAAGAACUUGAUAAGCCGUGAAGAACGACAUCGACGUGUCCUCCUUCAUAAAAUGUACUUGAUCAUGAUGUUGGUACAUGGAAGUAUUAGAAAUUUGUGGUGCAAUAACAAGGAAAUAGGAAAUAGCUUGAGAUUAUCUUGUGUGACUCCCCAGAUUACACAGUUAUUAGAGAAUAACACAACUGCUCUGGACCAAGUCAAGUCACGAAGGUUACUUGAUGGAUUGAAGAAAUUGAUGACGAUAUUUCUGGCUAAAUUUAGGAUCAUCUCACAGGGAAUUAUAAGAAAGGAUUGGGAUGAGCUUGAAUUGUCUCAGAAGUCGGAUAUUGUUAGUAAAAGAACUUUUAGGAAGUUGGCUUGUAAUUUUAGAGGAAGCAAAGAUGUUGCAGCACAAACAUUUGUAACUCUUUUGCGGGGGUUAGGUUUGAAUGCCAGAUUAGUGUUUUCAUUACAGCCACCAGAUUAUACAAAAAUUACUUAUGGACCUAACCCAGGUGGUCACGAUAAAACUACCAGCGAAUCGAGUACACCAAAAAGAAAAACAAAGAACCUCGAUUUCCAAGAUUCUGAAUACCCAGUAUUUUGGGUCGAAGUUUGGAAUAAAUAUACCCGACAAUGGGUAAGUAUAGAUCCUAUUGUUAUGAGACUAAUUGAAGUAUGUCCCAAGAGAAAGAAGUCGGCUUUUGAGCCGCCUCCUACUGAUGAGCGAAAUCAGUUAACAUAUGUUGUGGCUUUUGAUAAAUUUGGACGCGUCAGAGAUGUGACUAGAAGGUACAGCUAUAAUUACAAUGCCAAAACCAUCCGUAAAAGAAUUGAGUUCAGGUCAAGGGAAGAUAAAUCUUGGUAUUUAAAGGUUCUACGCUAUUGUGAUUUCAAAAAGUCUCAAAAUGUACCUGACAUUUAUGAACAGAAGGAAUUUUAUGAUCGUGACUUGGCCGAAGGUAUGCCCAAUAAUAUACAAGCAUUCAAGAAUCAUCCAUUGUAUGCGUUGGAAUUUCAACUAAGACAAGAUGAAGUCAUAUUCCCCAAGGACGAUACUAGCAAGUGUGGAACUUUUAGAUCCAAAAACUCUUCUAAAGUAUUCCAAGUUUACAAAAGAUCAUGUGUGCAUCGGUUGAGAUCAGCAAAAGCCUGGUAUAUGAGAGGAAGGCAACUAAAAGUUGGGGCCAUUCCUUUGAAAUCGAAAGAAGAAGACGUGCGUUUAUAUGCCGAGUUUCAAACACAGUUGUACUUACCUCCACCUGUGACUAAUGGUAUUGUCCCUAAAAACCAAUAUGGAAAUAUAGAUGUUUACACGAAAACAAUGCUACCAGAGAAUUCUGUUUUGAUAGAGUGUGAUGAAAACCUUUCCAUGAAGGUGCUCCAGAAUGCAGCUAGUAUCUUGGAUAUUGAUUAUGCUAAAGCGAUUGUUUCCUUUAAUUUUAAAGGGAAAAAGAAGAAGCAUAGCAUAACUGCCCGAGAAGGAGGCAUAGUUAUUGCAAAAGAAUAUGAGGAGGCGAUGCAACUCACAAUCGACAACCUUAUUGAACAAGAAGAAGAGGACCAACGGGUAUUAUCGGAAGCAAAUGCAUUAAGAAAUUGGAAAUACUUUUUGUUGAAGUUGAGGUUAGAGGAUCGUUUGAAUAAAUCACACGGUGUAGUUUUAGGUACGCUGGGUGCUGAUGUACUGACCUCAAUAAAUGAAGAACCAGACGAGGGUGGUUUCAUUGUUUCAGAUACAGAACGAGAAGAAGGUGGUUUUAUUGUUUCUGAGGCCGAAACAGAGGCCGGUGGAUUUGUUGUUUCUGAUGAGGAACCAGAAGAUUAUUCCAUAAAUGUUACUAGUGACGAAUAUUCGGAUAUAGAUUUUGAAUACGAAAGUGAUUAA